UAGCAUCAUCCGGGAUGAAUGGGCGGAACCUGAAUCACACGUCUGGCAGGAAUCUGGCUGCCGGUAGUGAAAAGAAGACAAGAGCCUGAACCUAAUGGAGUUGAGUGUAGCUGGCUGCCGGGGCGGUGAUUCUGCGGGUAGACAGUCUGCUUGACUGUUUUGCAGGUGUCUUGCAGGACCAAAGCGCAGAGGUUCGCAUUCGGAUUCCAAACAUUCAAGAACAACUACGAUGUGGAUCCUGGUCGUCGAUGCCUUCUUGGGGAGGUCCCUCGUCAAAGAUGAAGUUCCUAUUAUUGAUUAACUGCCAAAAGCUGUGAUAAUUCAGCCACAGUUACAAUGAAGGGCCUUAACACAAUGAUGUAGAGUUGCCACAACUGGUGCGUCAUAGCAGACAGGAAUAACGCCUUUAACCUUCACCACAGCAAGUGCCAUCAACAACCCCUCUGAUUCCCACCUUCCGUCAAUGAUCCUCUCUUCUCUCAUUUGCAUGAAUUCAUUGUGAAUUCCCCCACCCGGUUCCUGGUUCCUCACCCAACGAUUUCCCACUUAGCAUUUUGUAACCGCAGUAUACAUUAAAGCGGCCACUAAACGACUCUUACCUAUUAAAGUAAAGAAUAAACCGCCCGCCACUCACUCUCCCUCCCAUCCUCCUAACACACUCAAUCGAUGACGUCACCUGGCGACCUUUGCUCUUCACAAUGGUCUUUCAGCAUUUCCCUCCAGUUCCUGAAAAUGCAAAGCGCUGCUAAUCCCAUCACGUGACCAGCUUGGUCUCAGUCUAUUUGAACGUCCACUGCUUCCGCGAAGAUCCCCAGAACAUGAGAUACCCAGCCAUGGGACCGUUGCAGAGGCAUCGGACGUGCCUUCUCCUCUUCGUGGCUCUGGUUCUCGUGGCAUCCUAUGCCAUCUUCAUCAGUUUCUUCGAGACGUCACACCCUUUCAACGUUCCCCGAACCUACAUGGUGGAUCCAGUGCCUACCAGAAGAGACCUGGCAAGGAAACUUUUAAAAGUACAAAGGCAGAUAGAGUUUCAAGCAGGUUUCGACAGCCGAAUAGAUGCUGCCUGGGCCAAGGAGCUUCUUGCAGUCAUUGCCGAGCUGGAUCCGAGAGUGACAGCCAAGCACCCGCCUCAAACAACAGAGACAACAGACGCAAACAUUUCCCUAAUCAACGAAAUCCCCAAUGUCUGUCCGGAAGUUUAUAAAGGGCGAGAAUACGACCUCGCGCAUGAGCAUAAUUUUGAAGAGGUUAAAUGUGAAGCCAAGACAUUCAAAGAAGUCUUGACCAUUACUGUGAUAGCAAAGGGUUGGGAAUCUGUAAGGUUAGAGCAUCUAUUACUAAACCUCAGGAAAUAUUAUGCUACUGACAUAGUGGUUUUAGCAUUUGGAAAUUUACCAAAGUCUGCGCGCACGGACGGUAUUGUGGUGGAAGACUUUGGCAGUCAGGCCACUGAAGCGAUAGCUUUAAAUAAGGUUGUUAAUAUCAUAACUACUCCAUACAUCUUAGUAGUGAAUUCCCUAUCGCAUUUCAACGACCAAUCUCCUUUAGAGCGCCUUGUCCGGGUACUGGAGAACCUUGAGGACGUAGUUGUUGCUUCAGGGGCAUACAGGGACAUUAACGGAUACUGGCGUCACGGAUGCCUACAAACUACUGCGGAAAAUUAUAGGUUAAAGUAUACUCGAGGGUACGAACAUUCCCUUCAAGAAUGUAUGUACUGUGAUGAUGUUCUUGGUCCAUUCGUUGUUAAGACAGACUUCCUCAAGAGAGUACCACUGACAGAAAAUAUGGUUGGUGGUCCAACCUUAUUCCGUGACUGGUUCCUCAAUGUUCGCUUAACCGGGAAAUUGGUGGUUUCAUGCCCGGAUGUGAUGUUUUUUGUGAACUCAGAACCAACAAUGAACAGAAAUGACUGGCAUACGAUUGCUAAGAAAUGGUCCUUUGAAAGCAUACAGUCUUUCGAUGGAAAGAACUUCGAAUUUUCAUGUGAAGAAGCACAGAUAUCUUGCACCAACCUAAUGAAGACUGUAUCCUCUUUCCUCGUUCCUCCUUGUUGUCGAAAAAAGAUUCGAGAGGAACUGGGCUACAUUCAAGAUUGUGCUCAAGAACUUGGAAUUUACUACGAAUUGCAAGCAGGAACUCUUUUAGGUGCAGUGAAAAUGGAUGGUAUUUUACCUUGGGACUUCGACACUGACGUUAUUACCAACUGCGUCGACCAGGAGGUUUGGUUAACGAAAGGCUUUCAGUGCUUGGCCAAGAAAGGGUGCAAAUCCAAGCUGCGGUCUGGCAAUUACUGGACUUCUGCUUGUGAGGUCUCCAUCAUCGAUAUAUCGUGUCGAUAUAACAGAAGCAUCACAUUACCUGUCGAGUACCGCAAGGUAGCAACGCAAGCAGAGCUAGACGGCAGAUGGAUUACGGUGACCAGCAACCCAGGAAGGAACAGCCGUAACCGGUAUGGUCCAGAGUACUUAAAGCACGUGGUUCACUGGAGGUACUACAAACCUAAGAGUCUGACUGGCCCUAAAGACGAAGUGCCCGACCUCACGGGAUUGUGGAGUAGCUGUGCAGAACCCGCAUUCCAUUCUUGCCUCGAUCAUUUCCCCGUGGACGGCAACAUCAGGUUCAAGACGUCUGUUGGCAAAAGCCCUUGACAUGAAAUUGCGAUGGGGUACUAUUUCGUUCUCCUCAGAGAUGUGAUAUUUUUGCUAUACUAUACUACAAAGAAUAAUGGUAAAAUGAAGAGAUUUAUAGUUUGGUAUCCUAGCAGUUAACAUUAACGUAUUUUCAUCAAAAGUUCUUGGCAAAAGAUUUCAUAAUGUUCUACAUUUGCAAAAUAUCCUGUAAAGCAUACGUUUAUAAACAUAUAUUUAUAUGUAUGUAUGAUUGUGUGGUUUACAUUUGUAUAUAACAAACUAUGUGUGCAGCCAUAUAGGUGUCAGUAAGCAAUCACACACAUAUAUGUAUAUACAUGUGUGUUUAAAUCAUACGGUCAAACACAUAAAUGCAACUGCAAUCACAGACAUGCAUUCAUAAUCUUAUACAUAUAACCUAUAUAUAUAAACUUCAAGUACUCUUUAACAACAAUACAGCCUAAGCUUUGUGGGUGUGUGUAUACGGAUAUAUAUAAUAUAUAUAUUAUAUAUAUGCACACUUACUGAAAUAUACCUAAAGAAUUGUAGACAUAAUCUGCCUUAAUCAUAGUUCGGUUUGUGCAAGCUGUGCCUUAAAAGUUUUGUCCUCCAGCACUUUUGAUAAUUAUCUACUAAGCUAUUACUGUUUGUUGCUAGGACACAAGCGAUUCUAAGUUCGGAAGCAGUUUCAUCAGUCAGCAAUGAAAAGUUCCUGGGUAGUACAGUACUUUUUUACGGUGUGUUGAUGAACAGAAAACAGUUCACGUUUCACUAAACUGUUAUAUUUCUUUUUUAUUUGACGGUUGUGUUCCAUGAAUUGUUUUUUCUUACUCGCUUCUGUCCAUUGAUGUUAGGAACGCUGUUUCCGCUUCUAAUAAGAAGACGGCAAUUAUUCUAGUCAAUCUAAUUUAACAAUUUGCAAAAGCCACUUUUCAGUGUGUUCGCUUCCAUUCAGAUACUUUAGAUUUUCUAAGAAGUGUUACGCGUGAAAAGCACUUGUGAGUGAGAGUAAGGGUGAGAGUAUUGUCAUGAGCGGGUCAUUUAGUUUUGACAGAAGGUGACUUGACUGGAAUUUGCGUAAUUCAGUACAAGCACAGUUAUAAUGGGCAUAAAGUUUUCGUACGCAAUGAGAGGCUGUGUCGAUAAAAAUCUAUAUAUAUAUAUAUAUAUAUAUAUAUAUAUAUAUAUAUAUAUAUAUAUAU